AGCAACAGUCGCAUUUUCGGCGCUUCCGCUCGUUCUCUUCGAGGUCUUGCAUCUCGGUUCACUCCUUUAACACCCCGCAACGAGACGACGCUCCCUCGAUCACCCCAGCGAUUGCAAGCAUCAAUUGCAGGCAUCGCUCAACUUGUCAAGCGCUUGCGAUAACCGAAGACAGACGCAUCCACCGUUGCAACCCUCUGCAGCUGCACUGGUGCACGAGUCCUUCGACGGACAUCUGACCUUUUCCCACGAAAAAAAACACGAAUUCCGGAUAGACAAAAGACCUGCAAACAGCUCAGCGCUGCUAUCCGACGACCUUCACGAUGCAGCUCACGCCGUUCAUCCUUCUUGCCGGCGUCCUCGGCGCCGCCGCGCACCCAUCGGGACACGCCCAUCUGCACCGCAGCGCGCACGCGAAGCGCGACACCCCUUCCUACGUCAAAAAUGUUCACGUCAAGCCCAUUCCCAAGCCGACCACCACCUCCCACGCGCCACAGCCCACCACGACCUCUGCCGCGGCUGCUGCCGCCACUGCCGCGUCCGGAGCCAGCCAGUCAAACUCCUACGUUGCUUUCUGCGGCAGCAGCGCCAGCAAGGCGAAGCGCGUCACCUACGAGCAGGUCAUGUACACGGGCAACACGGGCACCUCGGACGGCUGCCCCUGGAACUCCAACAUCAUGACUGUCUCCAACAGCAUUGCCGAUAAGUACAAAUACGUCCAGAAGUUCACCAACGUCGCGUCCGAGACGUACCAGGUGGUCUGCGGCAACAAGAUCGGCGCGGACGGCAAGCUCACUGGCAUGUUCAAGGUGGCGGGUCAGCAGCAGCUCAUUUUCAGCCUCGCGCCCGGCGAGACCAAGACGGUGGUGGCCGACGAGAACACGCAGGGCGUCUGCGCCUGGGCGCCCAACGAGGUCCCCGUGGUGCAAGAGAACGGCCAAUAUGCCGGCGUGUGGGGCGAGUUCAACUUUGGAGACAAGAGCAACGGCGGCUGGUCUGGCGCCGAUUGCUCUGCGCUGGUCGCUCAAGCCUACAACCUCCCUGUUCCGGGCUGCCGCAUGUCUCACGGCGGUGUCGACUCGACGAUUCUCCCUGGCGGCCAAGCGACCAACGCCUAUGUCAAGGGCAUGGAGGCGGUGGAUGGCGUUGGGCUCAACAUUGUGCCUGGUAGUGUCGUCAUUGAGGUCCAGGUUGGCUACUCUGGUUGAGGACGGGUCGGAUUUUUUCUCCUUCUACAUCACAGAUGGUGCCUUUGCCGAGUACAUCGGCGCCUGAUACGGGUCCCCUGAUUUUCUUGUUUUCUGUUGGUGUGUAUUUCGGUUGCAUCUUUUUGUCCAUCAUAUCCACACGGUUCUGUUGCACAUCAUAUUGCUGGUGAUUCGAGCGAGCAUCAUCCAUUGAUCUGCCUGCUCGCGGGUACACUGGUCGCAGUACAUAAUUAAUGAACGUCCAUGCUUCUUGUCCCUUGCUGCAAA